GCCUCGUGUUACCUUCGGCUGGCUUGGCGGCUAGGCCUCGAAAAGUUGAACAUUUGAACUACUAUUACUUGUGGAUUUCGCCUACUUUUAUUGCCAGCUUUUUCGAAGCAUUUCAAAAGGUGGCCGAUUCAGCGUACAGUAGUAACUGUGGCCUUCGGGAGUUGGGCAGUUCCAUGACACGUUUCUGUCUGCGAGAACGUGGACUGGAAUCCAGGCUACGGACAUUCAACAGUCAGCUGCUUGAAUGCCUAGCAGCACCUCUCACCGAUCGAUUGGAAGAAUGGCGCCGAACUGUGAUACAGCUGGACCGCGAGAAUAACAAAGAGUGGCGACGGGCUCGAAACGAACUCCAGCGAGUCACCUGUGAAUUUGAUAAACUGAAUAAACGGUUCCGUCGGAAGGGCAGUGUCUCUGCGCAUCCGGAUUCCAGUGACCGCAGCUCCGCAACGACCGAUAUGAUGCUUCCAAAUACGACAAGCACUGGUGACAAUGUUCAGUUGAACUUUAUCAAACAUGAUUUGGAGUUGAAACAACGCACACUGGCCGAACUGGAACGCGUCAAUCUACGACGAGCUGUGGUUGAAGAACGCCGUCGUUUUGCCGAACUCAUCACGUGCUUGAAGCCAGUCCUAGACUCUCACGCUGCCAUUUUCAGUGAUGCCGAGUCGAUUGAAGAGUGCAUUUCAGCCAUCGGAAACCACGCGUUCGACCCUAACGACUUACCCUCAGACACAGAACAUGCUAUUGACGAAGCUGUUGCCCAUGUCUCUUCACAGAUCGAUGCAGGCGACCGCAAGCUUUCCAACGUACGCACCGCGAUGCGGUUCGGUAAACCCCCUUCAGGUUUGGAAUUUCAACGUGCCAAUCUUCUAUCCGGUCACUCGUCUCAGCUGAGCCUUCAGUCCGCUCUGUCCACCCACUCGACCGGCACUUCCUGGAAUGCGAUUGCCAACGCUGCUGCGGCUAUUUCCCUGGCCGGUAAUCGCAUGACGUCUCCUCACAACGGGUCCAUAGAUAUGUCAGAUCAAGCCAAGUUUUGUCCUCAAUCACCAAGUAACACGUCCAACUCCCUGUCUGGCACCCAUCACGCAGGAGACUCGGCCAGUUUGUUUGAACAUGUGGACUGUGCCUCUGCUGAACCAGCAUCCCCCAACACUGCCGCUUCCAGUAUUCCUCCUUUGGAGCUUGAGAGCACCUUUGUACCACUGAAUGACUCUCCAAAGCACAACAAACCCAAUUCUUUCCUCGUUGCGUCAGAGGAUGACGAUGGAGAAGGUGCCACCACGGAGGAUACGGAGGAUGGGGAGACCGAGGAUGAAGAACGUUUAAAUGCUUCUGAUUCCGCCACACAUGAAGCGCCCCAACCGUCAUCCACGGCCAACACACAGCCGCCCGUCCAAUCCGAAAGCGGCCACGUUUCGUCCGCGGCUGACAUGAUACAAGUAGAUGGAUUCAUCAGCACUCCGAUCAUUUCGGGCACGUCGACGUUCAAGCGAAGACAAUCGGAGUACGGUAGACGGAAUCCAGCCGCCCCGCUAUCCAACGGACUGCCAGUUACUGCCACAAACGGCUGUACUGGUAAUCCUAGUGGCUAUCGUCCGCUUGCCUACAAUUCCGUCACUCCAGGAUUGGUGCGUCGUGGAAGUCAGUUGUGUGUGGACGGUUCUGAUGGUGGCUCACGCAGUCAAACUAGACCUGCCAAUCCUCCCAGGCGUUCAAGCAGCGUCAGUCGAGAACUAACGCACUUACGUAAUCCUCCGGCUGGUGCAGUAAUGGAUCCGUACGCUGCCUCAUACCACUACAACGCAUCACAUCCUAGCACCUUAUCCAGCGAUGGGCUCAUCGAUCCCGGAAUCCAACGAGUUUCAAGCUCUCUCUUCACUCAUUCAACUGGUGGUCAUCAACAACAACACCAACAACGUCAGCAGCAUGCUCACCUAGUCAAUCAUAAUAACAACGCCCUAGAUGCCACAAACUGGUCGGGAAACAACUCGAACCGCUUCUCAUCACGUCCCAAUCUCGUCCAAAUCCCUCCAGCCGUCGGAGCUCAUCUCUCUCAGUAUGGUUCGGUCUCGGCUGCCGCAUCUUCCUCCCCUAACAAUCAGUAUGUGACCAACGGACUGUUCAGUCGACCAACAUGCUCCAACAUGCCUGCCUUAAGUCCUCCUCCAUUAGCCACUGUUCCUGCUCCGACACAGUCUAAAACCAACCAGCUCAUGUUUGGUGUCAAGGUAUUGCCAAACCAAGCACCUCCAAUGGGAUUGGCAGCUAGUUCCCAGUAUGCUCGACUACCUCAGCAACACCGCUCGAUGAUGCGGCAAGCAAGUUGUGCACCAGAGAGUUUGGUCCCUACUGAACGUGAAGCGCCUUCGAUGGGAUCACCUGUCCCCGUUCGUGCUGCUUCGAAUAUGGCGCUGCACCGCGGUGUCAGUUCACAACAGCCCUCCAGAACUACGGCGAAUAAUAGCAGUAAUACGCCAAUGUCUUCAAAAGAAGAAACAGUAACUAGUUUCAUUGACUGA